GGAUCAUUCCGUCUCGAGGCCUGAGCGAGAGAAGGGAGUGUUUCCCGUCAGCCACAGAAGUUUUACUAGUCCUAUUAAAUUCUGUCAGAACUUGAGUAAUAAUAUUUCAGACAGGCCCAUUCUACCACAGGUCAACACUAUUUUGGACCAAAGAAUAAGUCCAGUUUUCUAAUUCCGGUUGUUAUUUUUUUUUCUCCCGUCGGUCGACAUCGGGAUAGCCUCAUUAGCUAAGUUAGCUCACUAGCCGGAGUACGGAGACUUCAUAAUGCCCACGCUGCGGGACAGCACCAUGUCCCACCCCGGAGAAAACCCGCACCAGGUCCGGGUAAAAGCUUAUUACAGAGGGGACAUCAUGAUCACACAUUUUGAUCCCUCCAUCUCCUAUGAGGGGCUGUGCAGUGAGGUGCGGGACAUGUGCUCCAUGGACAAUGACCAGCUCUUCACCAUGAAAUGGAUUGAUGAAGAAGGGGAUCCGUGCACCGUUUCUUCUCAGCUGGAGCUGGAGGAGGCCUUACGUCUCUAUGAACUCAACAAAGACUCGGAGCUCAUUAUUCACGUGUUUCCGUGUGUCCCUGAGAAGCCUGGCAUGCCCUGUCCUGGAGAAGACAAGUCCAUAUACCGUCGUGGAGCUCGACGCUGGAGAAAACUCUACUAUGCCAACGGACAUGCAUUUCAGGCCAAACGUUUUAACAGGCGUGCUCAUUGUGCCAUCUGCACAGAUCGUAUCUGGGGCCUGGGCAGGCAGGGAUACAAGUGCAUAAACUGUAAACUGUUGGUCCAUAAGAAAUGCCAUAAAUUGGUCAUAGUGGAGUGUGGUAGACAGGUAAUACAGGACCCGAUGAUUGGAAGAAUCGAUCCAGGGUCCACUCCAUCAGAGCACGCUGAUCAAGUUCUAGACAAAAAGAACUCAAUGGAAAGUAUCAAUCAUGAGGGAGAGGAGCAUGAGGCAGUGGGCAGUCGGGACUCAGGGAAGGCUGUGUCCAGUUUGGGGCUAACAGACUUCGACCUGCUCCGAGUGAUUGGCAGGGGCAGCUAUGCCAAGGUGCUGCUGGUGCGUCUCAAAAAGACAGAACGCAUCUACGCCAUGAAGGUGGUGAAGAAGGAGCUGGUGAAUGAUGAUGAGGAUAUUGACUGGGUUCAAACAGAAAAGCAUGUGUUUGAGCAGGCUUCCAACCAUCCCUUCCUGGUGGGACUUCACUCCUGCUUCCAGACAGAGAGCAGGUUUUACUCCGCAGAGAUCAGUCUCGCCUUGAACUACCUCCAUGAGCGUGGAAUCAUUUACAGGGACCUGAAGCUGGACAAUGUUUUGCUGGAGUCAGAGGGACACAUCAAACUCACUGAUUACGGCAUGUGUAAGGAGGGACUGAGACCAGGAGACACAACCAGCACUUUCUGUGGAACCCCCAAUUACAUUGCACCUGAGAUUCUGAGAGGAGAAGACUAUGGUUUUAGUGUGGACUGGUGGGCACUGGGCGUCCUGAUGUUUGAGAUGAUGGCUGGGAGGUCACCAUUUGACAUAGUCGGCAGCUCUGAUAACCCUGACCAAAACACUGAAGAUUAUCUUUUUCAAGUAAUUUUGGAGAAGCAGAUCAGAAUUCCCAGAUCGUUAUCGGUUAAAGCUGCUAGCGUGCUGAAGGGAUUCCUCAACAAGGAACCAAAGGAACGCCUCGGAUGUCACCCCCAGACAGGCUUUGCAGACAUCAUGGCCCAUCCUUUUUUCCGAAAUGUAGACUGGGAUCUUAUGGAGCAGAAGCAAGUGGUUCCGCCCUUCAAGCCCAACAUCUCUGGCGAGUUUGGGCUGGAUAACUUUGAUGACCAGUUCACCAAUGAGCCCAUUCAGCUCACGCCUGAUGAUGAUGAUGCUGUAAAGAAGAUCGACCAGUCUGAAUUUGAAGGCUUUGAGUACAUCAACCCUCUGCUGAUGUCAGCGGAGGAGUGUGUGUGAACGGCUUGUGUGUUUCUGUUACGUGCAUAUCAUCACUGCCUUUUCUUGCAUGGUCGCAAACAAUCAGAAAGGAAACAACAACCUGACUUCAUUUUGUUGGGACCAGAUGAAACAUUAACUUUGCCAAACUUCUUUCACUUUCUGCCAUUUGUAACCACUAGUCCUUAAGUCUAUUUUUUCUUGUUUAUUUUUGUGACAUGUAAAUCAGCACUGAUGAAAUUUAUCAGUGCCUUUGUGCAUUGACCAACGUAGUUGGAAUGCCAGUUUUGGAUUACUGAACACUGCAAACUAAAGGAAAAGACUUUAGAAUGACUGUGAUGGUACGCAGGAACUCCUAGUGGUAAUGAUGUUGGAUACACAUUUUAUUUGUAUAUAUUAAAGAGAAUCCAUUGAGCAUAUAUAUUAAGCCAUUUUUAAACUCUAUACCACAUGGGAUAUUUUUUAAGACUUUUUUUUGUGAUUAUCUGCUCUGCCUCUCAGAAAAAAAGUGUAGCGCAAGGAAGAAAAACUUUAUACUUUGUUUUAUUGUUGUUGUUUUUUUAUUAUUUAAGAAUACUGGCAUCUAUAUAGAAUGUGCACAAUAUAUUGAAUCAGAGUUUUCCAUAAGUUGUUUUAAAAUGAUUGGGCAUAUGGCCUCGUCGUAGAUUGAAGUAGGUAUCAAACUUGUAAGAAUGGAGCAGGGAACACUGUUGUAAAUACUGACAAACUGUGAAAGGAGAAGAUUUCUGUAUAGAGGGGGAAGGAAGGAGAAAAAUACAACAGCUUUCUUCAACACAGGACCAAAAUAAGACACUAAAAUGAGUAGGUUCCUGUCAGUGUUCUCCAUAUUGAUGAGGUAAAAGUUUGUUUUUACUCUUCAGCUGCUGCAUGUAUGAAGUAUUUCUCACUUUUUCUUCUUUUAUUUCUUGCUUUUUGUGUUAAAUGUGAUACAUUGCCUUUCUGGGUAUGAUAUUCCGUUUAUAUACUUAACACUGAGCGUCAUCGGACAUGAGUUCAUUGUUUCUCGUUACAGUCACGGUAAAGAUCAGAUGCAUGAUGUAGUAAGGGGCCUUGGAUUGUGUUUACCCUUCACAGCCCCAUCAAUGGCGCCGAGCUCUUUGAGUGGAACGCUUUGUAAACAGAUCAUGUCUGGAUGCAUUUUUGUUUGUUUAUGUGUUACAUUGAAAGGACCUUUGACAAUAAUGACCAAAUGAUGACAUUAAACACAGGCGACUCAUACACAGAAUAACCCUCUCUCAUUCCUCAUCAUGCACAUAUCAACUGGGUUAUAUUUUCACAGAUGUUCACACUGGUUUCGAGCUGUGAGGAACUCGUUAGCAACCCGGCGUUAUAAAUGAUUGAAUCGCUUAAAGCCCUCCAUGCAUUCCCAGAAAAAAAGUAAACAAUGUGCUAUGCUUUAAAGAAGCAACAGGGGGCUGAAGUGGACCUGUUUUUUAUUCUUUGGAUAUUCUGUAUAUUAAUAUUCACAUGGAAAAACACUAUCAACCGACUGGAUAAACUGUACCAGUUUUUUGUUAACACCUAAUUAAAGUAUUUAAGGAAAACUCAACAUCUCUCAAGUGUCAAAGCAAUUUGUUUUGUUGUGACAAUUCACAUCUAACUACUUGUAAUGAAUUUCCUUUGCAAAAUUGAUUACAUAAAAC